UUAAGUGGGAAAGCAGGAUCGGGGAAAUUAACUUUAAUGAAAUACCUUAUUAACUACAAGGAAAUAAGAGAAUUAUAUAGAAUAUGGGCCCGAGGUACUCGUAUUAAGAUCCCGAACUACUUCUUCUGGAAAGCUGGAAUCUUGAAUUAA